AUGAGCUCUCGCUUGCUGGGGCUGCCUCCCCAGAUCAAAACAGCUACAGAAGCAGCGUCUUACAUGAUGGAUCAGUUUGCAAACAAAAUCACAAAACGUCGCCAGUUGAUCGACUCGAAUCAGCUGCAACAACUGGCGGUGAUGCUCGGCCGACCAGUCCUCAACGGCCACGACAUAAGCAGGAUGAACAUUCCUGCAGGCACACCGAUUCCUUCAGCACACCACCUUGUCUAUUUUACACCAAUGGAGCUUGAGAGCCAGCUUGGUGCUGACGGAAGUGACCGCACAUUCAAUGCACCCGCCCCGUUUACAAGGAGGAUGUGGGCGGGCGGGCAUAUGAAGUUUGAUAAAAGCAAUCCCUUGAGGGUUGGAGAGGAAGCGGAAGAGAGCACAAGGCUGAUCAGUGCAGUGGCCAAGACGAGCAGAUCCGCGGGCGAGAUGGUACUCGUUGAAGUAGAAAAGAAGAUUCAUGGAUCCAGGGGGCUGGCACUUGUCGACACACGGUCGUGGGUAUUUAGGCCAACGUUGUCUUCUAAUCCUCAGGGGGGCGUAGCGCUUAGAAGAAUCGACGGCAAUAUCCUAGCUCCAUCAUCUCUCUCGGAUGUCAUAAAUGACAGCAGUGAAGGACAUCCUGGUGUUGUUGUCCAUGGACCCCUGAAUGUUGUCAAUUUGCUGGAUUAUUGGAGAGACAUACACGGAGAGGGCGCAGGGCCUGAUGAGAUCAGCUACAGGGCUAUGUCACCUGUUUACGGAGGAGAAGAAUACCAACUUCGGACGGUCGGUAUAAAUGAGACGAAUUCUAGUCGUGGGUACGAUAUGGUAGCGGAGAAGGAUGGACAUGUUAUCAUGAAAGCUUCCAUUACCAAAAGUAUAUAAACUGGGCGAGAAUUCUGGACCUUUGAAUAAUAACCAUCUUU